CCUGACUGUAACUUAACCCUGGCUUUAGCAGACAGACUGCCUCGUGACUUCUGCCAGCUCCAGUCAUCAUGGGAAAGGAGAAACUCCACAUCAACAUCGUGGUGAUUGGCCACGUGGACUCUGGCAAGUCCACCACCACAGGCCACCUUAUCUACAAGUGCGGAGGCAUUGACAAGAGAACCAUUGAGAAGUUUGAAAAGGAAGCUGCUGAGAUGGGGAAAGGAUCAUUCGAGUACGCCUGGGUGCUGGACAAGCUGAAAGCUGAAAGGGAGCGUGGCAUUACCAUCGACAUCUCACUGUGGAAGUUUGAAACUAGCAAAUACUACGUGACUAUCAUUGAUGCCCCGGGUCACAGGGACUUCAUCAAGAACAUGAUCACCGGGACCUCUCAGGCAGACUGUGCUGUGCUGAUUGUGGCAGCUGGUGUGGGAGAGUUCGAAGCAGGUAUUUCCAAGAAUGGACAGACUCGUGAGCACGCCCUCCUGGCCUACACUCUCGGAGCGAAGCAGCUCAUUGUGGGAAUCAACAAGAUGGACUCUACGGAGCCAAACUACAGCCAGAAACGUUACGAGGAGAUCGUGAAGGAAGUGAGCACCUACAUCAAGAAGAUUGGCUACAAUCCUGACACGGUUGCCUUUGUACCCAUUUCAGGCUGGAACGGAGACAACAUGCUUGAGCCCAGCCCCAAUAUGACAUGGUUUAAGGGAUGGAAAAUAAAUAGGAAGGAAGGUAAUGCAUCAGGAACCACACUACUGGAGGCUCUGGAUGCCAUCCAGCCCCCCACCCGUCCGACAGACAAACCUCUACGUCUUCCCCUGCAGGAUGUCUACAAGAUAGGAGGAAUUGGAACAGUCCCCGUAGGUCGUGUGGAAACAGGAUUACUGAAGCCUGGAAUGGUGGUGACAUUUGCCCCUGUCAAUGUGACUACCGAGGUCAAGUCUGUAGAAAUGCACCAUGAGGCACUGAGCGAAGCCCUACCCGGUGACAACGUUGGCUUUAAUGUCAAGAACGUGUCUGUCAAGGAUAUUCGCCGUGGCAAUGUUGCUGGUGACAGCAAGAAUGACCCACCACAGGAAGCUGCCAACUUUACUGCUCAGGUGAUCAUCCUCAACCACCCAGGCCAGAUCAGCGCAGGUUAUGCUCCCGUGCUGGACUGUCACACUGCUCACAUUGCUUGCAAGUUUGCAGAGCUCAAAGAAAAGAUUGAUCGCCGCUCUGGCAAGAAGCUGGAGGACAACCCUAAAUCCCUGAAAUCGGGAGAUGCUGCAAUUGUAGAUAUGAUUCCUGGCAAACCAAUGUGUGUCGAGAGCUUCUCUGAGUACCCGCCCCUUGGGCGUUUUGCGGUGCGUGACAUGCGUCAGACUGUGGCUGUCGGCGUGAUUAAAGGUGUGGAGAAAAAGGUCUCCACUACUGGUAAAGUCACCAAGUCUGCCCAGAAGGCCCAGAGGAACAAAUGAAUGUUGUGCUACUCUGCCGACCCCAAGGUCUCCCAAGGCAGGACAUCAGUCAUCCAACUUCAUCCUAGAAUUGGCUACUUCAACUUAAUAAUUAAAGACUGGUUAAUCAUCACAAUGCA